CUGGGCUAUGGCAGCCGCAAGGGUUCCUGCAGAUGUAGCUCUGCGAGAAUCUACCCAGCGAAAAUUGAGGAUGUUUUCAGAGCUAAGAGGCAAAACUGUGACAGCUGGGGAAUUCUGGGACAUUGUUGCAAUAACAGCAGCUGAUGAAAAACAAGAACUUGCAUAUAAGCAACAGCUCUCAACAAAGCUAAAAAGAAAAGAGUUACCCCUUGGAGUUCAAUAUCAUGUUUUUGUAGAUACUGCUGGCGUCAAAGUUGGAAAUGGUGGAUCAACACUUUGUGCUCUUCGGUGCUUGGAAAAGCUGUAUGGAGAUAAAUGGAAAUCCUUUACCAUCCUACUUAUUCACUCUGGUGGCUACAGUCAACGCCUUCCUAAUGCAAGUGCUCUGGGGAAAAUUUUCACUGCUUUGCCUCUUGGUAGUCCCAUUUAUCAGAUGUUAGAAUUAAAACUAGCCAUGUACAUUGAUUUUCCCUCACAUAUGAAUCCUGGGGUUCUGGUUACCUGUGCAGAUGAUAUUGAACUUUAUAGUAUUGAAGAAUCUGAGUUCAUUAGGUUUGACAAGUCUGGCUUUACUGCGUUAGCUCAUCCUUCCAGUUUGACUGUAGGUACCACCCAUGGAGUAUUUGUCUUAGAACCUUCUAAUGAUUCAGAACAUAAAGACCUUGAAUUCAGGUCUUGCUAUCGUUUUCUUCAUAAACCCAGUGUAGAAAUGAUGUACCAAUGUGAUGCUGUGUUUAAAACCAAAAGUUUUUCUCAGCAGAAUUCUGUUGGGGAUAACCCUACUUCAGUUGAACUAAACACAGAGUAUGUCUACACAGAUAGCCUGUUUUACAUGGAUCAUGAAUCAGUGAAAAAGUUGCUUGCUUUUUAUGAAAAAGAAGGCACAAUAAACUGUGAAAUAGAUGCAUAUGGAGACUUUCUGCAGGCUUUGGGACCUGGAGCAACUGUGGAGUACACCAGAAACACAACAAAUGUCACCAAGGAAGAGUCAGAGUUAGUAGAUAUGCGGCAGAGAAUAUUUAAUCUUCUUAAAGGAACAUCAUUAAAUGUCAUUGUUCUUAAUAACUCCAAAUUUUAUCACAUUGGAACAACUGAAGAGUAUUUGUUUCAUUUGACAUCUGAUAGCAAUUUGAAGUCAGAACUUGGCUUGCAAUUUUUAGCUUCUAGCAUCUUUCCAACCAUGCCACAAUGCUUUGGUAGAUCACCCUGUGUCAUUCAAAGUAUAUUGAAGCCAAGAUGUUCUGUGUCACCUGGCUCAGUUGUGGAAUAUUCCAGAUUGGGCUCCGAUGUUUCAGUUGGGGAAAACUGCAUAAUCAGUGGUUGUUAUAUUAUGACAAACAUUGUCGUGCCUGCAUAUUCUUUUGUGUGCUCUUUAAGUUUAAAGAUAAAUGGACACAUAAACUAUUCAACUAUGGCAUUUGGAGUGCAAGACAACUUAAAAAAGAAUGUUAAAACAUUGUCACAUAUAAAAUUACUUCAGUUCUUUGGAAUGUCUUUCUUGUCAUGCUUAGAUAUUUGGAAUCUUAAAGUAACAGAGGAUCUAUUCUCUGGAAAUGCGACAUGUUUAAGUCUGUGGACAGCACGCAUUUUCCCAGUCUGUUCUUCUCUGAGUGAUUCUGUUCAAACAUCCUUAACAAUGUUGAAUGCUAUAAUGAACAAAUCAACAUUCAACCUUAAUGGCUAUCAUUUGUUAUCCAUUGAAGAAAUGCUUAGUUACAAAGAUGUAGAAGAUAUGAUAGCUUACAGAGAGCAAAUUUUUCUAGAAGUUAGUUUAAGUGAAAGACAGAUUUAG